AUGAUGCAGGCCACUUCCAUGAUGGAGGCAGCGACUGGAAAAGGCUACUACAAUAAUGGGGGAAGUCUGAAAAAAGAUAAAUCUUCUAAUCCCAAGAAAGAAAAUUCAUUGUCUUCCAGUAGUUCUAAUGAGUUCAAAUCAACUUUUUCUGCUGAUGAGUGGAAUUCCUUGUCACUAAAGCAAAGAGAUAAGGACAAAGGAAUCAGCAAUAUUGACAACAUGCAUUUAUUACAGUCAUCUUUUGCAGCUAAUCAAGAAACUAAUAUAGAGAGUACUCACUGUCAGUCAAGUGAGUUUGAAGAUGGUAUUGACUAUGCCUUUUUGAAUGAAACAUACUCUAUUCAUUAUUCAGAGUCAAAACUCAAAAAUGAAAAUGUUACUCUUUUAAAUUCAGAUUUCAAUCCUGGAAUACUUAAACGAGAGGAGAACUUUUUUGAUAGUUUGGAACAUCAGGAUAAUAAGACUAUUAGCUUAGAAAGGAUCCUCAAAGUUUCAGAUGCUGACUAUAAAGAAAAUGGUGAAGAUAUGCAAAAGUAUGAUAUAGAUGAAGACUCACAGCAGGAGUAUCACAGUGCAGAGCAAGAGUAUAUAAGUAAGCAUUUAUCUUUUGACCAAGCAAAAGCAUUAAGUUUAUCUGAUCUGGAUGUUGUUGAAUUAACAAAUCCAGGGUAUGGAGUCAGAUGUGUUAGCAAUCUAGAAGAAAGUUGUCAUGUUGAGUUUGGGAGUGGUUCUACUACAUCUUUGAAUUCCCUUAAUGCUUUUACACAAGAAUAUUCACCUCAUGUCUCUAAAUUUCAAAAUUCUGUUAUAUUAAAAGAAUACCAUGAACCAGACCUUGGAAGGUAUAAUGAACAAGAGACAGUAUUUGAUGACAUUGUACAAAGAUGCAGUUCUCUUGGGAGCCAAGACUCUCAGUCUAAGAGUGGUUUCUUAAACACUCAAAAAGCACUAAAAACAAAAACUUAUACUAGAAAAGUGAAAUCUCAAGUAUCAGAAAGUAAAGAUUUUUGUGGAAAUACAGCUGCUGAUGACAGAUCAUUACAUCACUUUGGAGACCCUAGCACAUUACCUCAGGACAAAUCUUUUGAGACACUGCAGCCACACAACAAUUGCCAGACAUACUGGAACUCUGUUUUUGAUGAUUCAGUCAUUUCUGCCUGUGGAUAUUCCUAUUAUGAAAGCCUGCAAAGCACUCCUGAGCCAGGCUUGGGUUUUUCUGCUGUCCUACCAAGGAUUACAAUCAAUCAGGCAACCGAAGAGGAUCGUUCUCUUCAUGUUGCUCAUCCUACAAAUAAAAUGUUCUCUCAUGAUAUGAAAGGAACAUGUCCCAAAUCAGUAACAAAUACAGCAAGUUCUGCGAUCACAAUUAAUCAAGCAGUGGAUGUUAGCACUGAUUUUAGGGCUUGUUUCACAACCAGCAGGGCAACAAGCGCAGCUUUUUCUGUAGUAUCUACAUCAAGCAAUACAGAGAUAACCAUGAUGAGUAAAAAGCGGCCUGCCCAGCGUCACUGUGACAGUCAUAGGAGUGUGGGUUGUAACACUGACAGGCUACGCGAUCAUGACUGUGUGGAGACGCAGACACUGCCCUUGGAAGGAUCAGGAAAAUCUCUCUCACCAAAUGGAAGUUUCCUAAAUAAGGAUUCCCAGGAAUUAAAAACAUCUGAUGCCCCAGACAUAAAGAAGCAUCCUGAAAGGGAAUUUCAGCUUUCUAAAGAGAUUGAGAAGAAUUUGCCAUCCACAUGCUGUCAGAAAAUAAUGCAAAGAGCCAUAAAAGCUGAGAUGCACCUUUUAAAUGUUCACUAUGAGAUGUGCCAUCGCCACUGUUGUGAUAUCUACAAACUUGUAAUGGAAAAUAGACCAGGAUUAUAUAGGAAUUUAUCAAGUACUUCUGCUAAGAAGGAAUUGGGAUCAGCACUACUUUCAGUUUGGGGAGACUUAAAAGUUAGAUAUAUGAAUUUGAAAGAAAAACUCCAGCAGGGCAUACAACUGGAAGAGCUGCCCCCACUGUCAGUAGAGUCGAAAUUGUUGUCUACCUUCUCUACUUUUGCUUCCAGGCUAAUGAAAGAAGACUCACAUGACUUUUUAGGAGUGGAUUCCGAACUAGAUAACCAAGGCACACCUGACAGCGAUGUGUCUACAGGUCCAAAACAGGCACACUCAGAAAUGUCUUUAUUACCUGAUAAUAGCCACCCUAAACAAGAUAUAUCACCUAAGAAAGAUGAUUUGGAGAAUGAUGAUAUAAAUGUAGACUUUAGUCAACUGAAACUUGAUGAUAAAGAGUGCAGAAAUUACCAUGAACGAACUGAAGACUGGUUUGAUGCUACAGAAAACCUAACAGGAGUAAACUUCUCAGGAAUACAAGAAAAUCAGAUUGAAAAUGACAGAGAGAAUCUGAAGUUUCCACUAGAAAUGAAGAAUGUUGAACUGCUACAAAGAGAUAAAGGUUUUUUGAUCCAUGUUGGUGGUCUCUGCUCUUCAGUAUCUGAGGCUGAUUUAAGGUCUCAUUUCCAGAAAUACCAAGUUUCUGAAAUUUCAAUUUAUGAUUCUUCUAAUUACAGGUAUGCUUCCCAAAUUCAGGAAGGUAUCAAGAAGAAUUGUAAACAGAUUGAGUCUGCUCACUUACUACCUGAGACACCUGUUCAGUUCAUACCUCCAAAUACACUGAACCUUCGUAGCUUCACCAAGAUCAUGAAGAGACUGACCGAACUGCAUCCAGAAGUCAGCAGAGACCAUAUUAUCGAUGCACUCCAGGAGGUGAGGAUGACUCAUAAAGGUUUCCUCAAUGGCUUAUCUAUUAAUACAAUUGUGGAAAUGACGUCAUCUGUUCUGAAAAACUCUGCUUCUGCUUAG